CAAACCCGAAACCACCCCAAGAAAAUAAUACCACCAUUCGUACACAACAAGCACGAGAUCUAAGGUGCAGUAGCAACAAGUACACACUAUACACACGCAUAAACCCAGAAGAAAUCUAAACAAGCACGAUGAUGAAGGGAAGAGAAACCAAAGCACAAGCAGCACCCUCAGCAGAUCUAUUAGUAUGUUUCCCCUCUCGAGCUCAUCUUACUCUAAUGCCCAAGCCCAUUUGCAGCCCAGCUAGGCCUUCAGAGCCCAACAAACGUCACCACCACCGUAAGAAAUCGUUCUCCAAAGUUGGCGGUGGCGGUGGCCAAGCCAGUCCUCUUCUAUGGGCCAAAACCAAGUCAAUGGGCUCCGAAAUUACAGAACCAACCUCUCCAAAAGUGACUUGCGCCGGACAAAUCAAGAUUAGGCCCAAAACCACUGCUUGCAGGAGCUGGGAAUCGGUGAUGGAAGAGAUAGAGAAAAUCCACAAUGACAAGAAACAAAGGAAGCGUUUCAACUGGGCCGAAUCUCUGGGUUUCAAGAAGGAGGUGAUGCAGUUCUUGACUUGUUUACGAAGCAUAAGGUUCGACCUUCGGUGCUUCGGAUCCUUCUCUGGAACCGACAUCGCCACAGAGGAAGAGGAAGAAGACGAGGAUGACGUUGAUGAAGAUGAAGAAAACCACGAGGGGAUGGAAGAAAACGACAACGAGGCAUCAAAAACGGUUUUUUCGAAAUGGUUCAUGGUGUUGCAAGAGGAGCAAAAUGGCGGGUUUCGCAGGGAAGAAACAAAGGAGAAAGACAAUGUGAGAGAUGGCGAUGAUGUUGAUGGACCGAGUGUGCAUGUCCCUCCUCCGAACGCAUUAUUGCUCAUGCGUUGUAGGUCAGCUCCUGCGAAAAGUUGGUUGAGAGGGAGUGAAGAGGAUCAUAAUGAGAAACAGGGGAAAGGGGGGGAGAGUGAAAACAGAGAAAAAGAAAAAGAAAAAGGGAAGGUGGAGGUAAAGAAAGGACAGAGUUUAAAGUCAUUGAUAGAGGAAGAGAAGAGAAAGAAAGAGAAGGUGGUGGUGAUGCGAUGUGACUCUGAUUUUUACGGGAUUUCAUCUGAGAUUGCGAAAGAGACAUGGAUUGUUGGUGGGAUGAGCGAUCCCAUGUCUAGGAGUCGAAGUUGGAAAAGAUGAUCAUUUCAUCACCCAUCAUUACUCGGUACUCUGUUGCUUUUCUUAUAAUUUUUGGUUUCACAACUGCCAAAUCUAAU